CAUUUGUGAAAAACAAAAACACCGGCGUCGGACAACGAAAACAAACAUGUGAACAUCAUGAAUGUCGGUGUUCCUUCCCAUUGCUUUAUGAACUGAGUCACUUUUGAAAUCCUCAGUUAUAUUUAUGUAAAAUGAUAAUUGCACUGCAAACUCUUAUUUUCUUUCGGGAAGCGCUAGUACGAGUGCUGGACAGCCUUCUAAGACCAUACUACAAAAACUUUCGGUUAACUUUCAAUAGUAAUGAAGAUCUGUCUGACGAUGAAGAUUCUGAGGAUCAGGUAUUUGCAGAAUAUCACGAUGAGAAGGGUGUUGUUUUUUUUCCCCCUAUGUAUGUCCAAAGAUAUGCAGCAGUCAGUGACUGUCUUAUGGACGAGAAAUGGUGUGGGAAACUAGAAAAGGUAGUUGAUUUUGGAUAUCAUGAUAUGAGUUUCAUAAAAUACCUGAAAGAAGUUCCUGGAAUCAAGCACAUCAUGGGUGUUGAUAUAGAGAGCAUACCAUUGCAAUGCUCAUCUGAUCUUUUUGGUUGUGAGGAUUACAUACCAAAGAGGGAAAAUCCACUUAAAGUAACACUAUUUCAAGGUAAUGCUGCCGACCCUGACUAUAGAUUAAUAGGCUGUGAUGCAGUGGUAGCCAUUGAGAUGAUUGAACACAUGCUUCCACAUGACCUAGAAAGAUUUAUACACACAGUGUUUGGUUUCAUCAAACCCUGGGUGGUCAUCCUCACUACACCAAACGGAGAUUUUAAUGUUCUGUUCAAAUCUUUGGAGAAGAAUGGCCUGAGACGAUUGGAUCAUUUUUUUGAAUGGAGCAGAGAGCAGUUUAAUGAUUGGUGCAGCAACAUAGUGGUUAGGUAUCCCCAAUACACUGUGUGCUCUAAAGGCAUAGGGCCUGGUCCUCCUGACACAUUGCAUCUGGGUUGUUGCAGCCAAAUGGCAGUGUUUGUUGCAAGGGACUAUGAGAAACAGAGAGACCUAAAUAUGAAUAGUUUGGCUAUGGUCGCUAGUAAAGAUGUACCAAACCAUAGUAACUUUGAAGACAUGUCAUCAAGUUAUGAGUGUAUUCCUGAUAACAACAUGCUGUACUUAACUAACGAGGAGCUAUUAGAGUGGAACGGUUAUCAAAUAGUCGACGACGUAGUCAUUCACUCCAGGCUAGUAGUGGAUACAGCUUCAGUGGCCACGCAAGAGGACGAUUGGCUCGAUAACGAUACUAUUUCUGAUUGGGACACGUCUGAUCUGCGUUCAACGUCGCUUUCAGAUGGAAGUACCAACGUUCCGGAAUUUUACGGUCGAUGUUUGCGACGUGCCUUGGACCAGAAGGUGCGAAAGUUACGCAAAUUAUUAUCAGCGGAUGAAGACAUAACGAGUGAAUUGGACCGAGUGGUCUGUCGUCUCAUGAAAUUGGCUCUACACACCAGUAGGAAUAGACAGACCCCAGUGCCAGCUAGCUGGAUGCAAUGCAAACUGUACGAUCUCUUAGCUUUGACUGAGAAAGCAAUUGAAAGACGGAAAAAACACUUUUUAGAAGAAUAUACGUUGAGGGCCAUCGAGUAUGAUAAAGGAGACAAUGACAAUCAGUGUAAGCUAGCAUUAUCCAAUGUACAAGAGGAUAAUAGAAGAACUGAUGAAAUAAUGCACGAAUACCAAGAUUUAGUACAGCCACUUGACGAGGGCACCUAUAAUCUCCAAUCUGAAUCUGACGUGAAAUUGGGAGAAGAAGAUGAAAAUGAAAAUGAUUUGUAUAAAGAUGAAACAAAUGAAAUAAGUUUAGAUCGAGAUAGACCUCAAGAAAUAUAUGCGCGGUGCGAAAGUUUUGCGCAGAAAACUAAGCUAGAAAUUGUUCGAGAGUGGGUAGAUGAAGAGUAUGGGUCUUAUUCAUUUAACGCAAAUCAGCAAGAACGUACAGAUGUUCCGAGCAGUGUAAACAAUUAUAAAUAUAAAGAUGAUCAGACUGCAUUAUCGUCAAGUGGCUUAUUAGAUACUAAAGCUAAGAAGAAAUCGAAAGGACAUAAAAAGUUGCAAUCAUCUGUAGCUCCAAUUCCUGACAGUUUAAUUGAACUUUGCCAAACCAAUACAGCAGAUCAAAACAAAUCAAAUGAUAGAAAUCUCGACAUGGAUAAUAUUCAAAAGAUUGAGUAUAACUUAGCAGUUUGUGAUGAUAAGGAUAAUAAGUUUGAAAACGUGGCAGCUACUCAAAAUAGUUGCAUCAUAAGUAUAGUUACACACGACACAGAGGAGCUAGUAGCUCUUAAACGUUCCAUUGCCACUGAACUCGAUCCGGAUAUCGUGGACCAAGAGGCUAUCAUUGAACAAGUUAUUAAUAUUACAAAAGAAUGUAGUUUAAAUUUCCCGAAAGCUGACAAUGAAGAUGUGCAGUCGCAAACGAUAUUUCUAAUUGAUAUAAAUGAACCCAGUACAUCUAAAGGUAUUCGUCAUACAAGAUUAGAUGUACAAUGUGGCCCUGACGAUAUACAGGAUGGUGCUGAACUUUCCGCAAAUACUUCAUUUGCGAAGUUACCAAAGCUAUUUUCAAAGGGUAUAAAAAUAGGACAAUCGCAUACAGAUUUAUUAAGGAAAUCUACUUUUGAAACGGGUACAUCUCCUGACUCUCCUUGUUGCAAUGAGACACCCAAAAGUAAGUGUCCCGGAGUAUGGAUUCAUGAUUCCGAUACAAAUGCCGAGCUUACACAGAAUUUUAAACCCGAAUGUUCUACUAUCACGACAUGCGACACAAAAGAAAUAGUUUGCUCUGAAAUAAUCUAUGACGAGAUAGAAUCAAAGCCUGAAACUAAUUUAAUAAAACCGGUAACCAGUGGUAUAAAAGCUGAUUGCUCUGGAUCAGAACACGGUUGCCGCUUAAGUGAAAUUAAAAUGGAAUCACCUCAACGGCUCACAUCUCCUUUAAAGAAUACGAGUAGUGUUCAAAUACAAUCUUGUACCAGUAAAAGCGACUUAGGGAAUUCCUCUCCAAUUAGACACGUAAAGCCAAAAUUGAGUUGCGGCGGAAUUUGUGUCCACAGUUUUAGAGACAGGGAAGUGUCGCAAGAUGUCGUUUUUCAGGGUGGAUGGAACGAAAUAAAUCCUAUAACACCACAUAGAAAGACUUUUAGAAAACCUCCCUUAAAAAAAGGAGGCAUGACGGCUAGAAAAUUAAAAAGGAGUUCUAGUACAUCGGUGCGAAAUACUUUGAAUAAAAAGGAAUUAAAUUAUGUGAAUAGAAGACCAACAUAUAUAAACACAGCGAAGCAAAGCAAUGUAAAAAACGAACAAGCUAAUAAAACUGCAAUUAGUAAAAAAGUUAAUUUACCAUUAAAAAAUAAAAAUAAUAAAGCUCUCAAAGAGGUUCCACCUAAGAACACUUUAAGCGCUAAGACUGCUAAAUAUAUAAGAGAAAGACAAAACAUAUCAACAAAUUCGUUGGGAAAAGAUAAUGUCUUUGAAAGGCCUAAUAUUCAAAACUACUUACCUCCCUAUCUAAAAAGAAAGCCUUGUAAAUCUGGAAGUACAAAAAAUAAUUUGUCUAAAAGUAUAGACUCCGCCAAACCAUUGACUAACAUUAAAGCUCCAUUAGUGAGAUCAAACACUGAAGAAAUAAAAAGACAUACUUUUAAAGAUAAUCCGCGAAUGUAUGUUAGUUACCAAGUUUUCCGAAAUGAAAUUGAAAACAAAAAUUACUCUGAUAAUAUUGGGCGCGUAGAUUAUAGAGAUGUUGGCAGCAAUAGUAUACAAAGAAGGAGUUCCAGUCCUAUAUCUCAGCAAAGUUCAUGUUCUACCUCAAAUAGUAUUGCAACAAUUCGUGAUAUGAGAUCUACAGUUAAACUUGAAGCUAAUAAAAUGCACUCCACCUCAGCAAACACAAGCGGAAUUACAAAGAGCACCAUGACAACUUUUGGAAGUUCUAUCGGAUCAAAAAUUAAAAAUGGCGAGUCUUCAACUGAAAAAUGCAGUUUCCAAAGCAGUCCUUCCGAUACAGUAAUCGUUUUAGAACCUUAUAAGGAUGAACUUUUGAAAGGAUUUAAUGAUAUACCCCUAGCACUUAAAUUAGAAAACAUUGAAUGUGACAAAGAAAAACUUAAUGAGACUGCACAAAGUGCAAAAAGUGAAUGCAUGGAAUCAAUAAGUGUUGAUAGUUAUCUGGAGGAAUCGCUGACAAAACUAUUUGAAGAAAAUAUUGAAUUUGCCACAAGCACACCUAAAAGCAAUCAGAAUUAUUUUAAUCCCGAUGUUAUCGUAUUUCAAAAUCCUGACAGUGAAAGUAGUAUCUUCAAUACAACAUCUUCUCCGGCAAGCUUUAAAACUGUUAUUGAGAACAAAAAUUCAUGUACUUUUAAAAAUGAAUUAAAGGACGCUUUAAAUUAUUCGUUUAGCAUAGAAUCUAAUCUAGUUGAUGAAGUAAACAGUAACGUCACUAUAAAUUUAACAGAGUGUUCACGAACAGCAGAAUUUACAUCAUUGGAAUCUAUGGGUUCUUUAUCCAAACACUCGGAGUACUUUUUAGCUGACAACCAAGUGGAUCCAUCUACUAUAAAUAACGAACCAAGUGUUGGCUCCGUAAAAGGUUUAUUCGAAAGAAAGGAUCUCAACGCAGUUACGAAUGUUGCGGGUCCUAUAGCUUUACAAGCAUUUAGUGGCUUUUCUGUGAAUGUGGUACCCCUUGCGGGUGAUCAACCUGCAUAUAUUAACCUAGUUGAUCCAGAAACUGGCAUUCUGCGUCAGGAAGUCAACAGACAGGCUACUUCCGAAGAGAUACUUGUCUCGGGACGCUCCUCAGACACCUAUGAAUCGUGUUAUGUUGAAGAUGAAUCCUUUGUGCCUAGCUGGCUAUUUAACAUAAUUAGCCAGCAGCAAUCUAUGGAUGAAUCAGAAGAGGAUGACGAAGAUCGUCUUCCUCUUCCGUUGCCCAUAGUUGAGCCAAUUUUUGACGUAAAUGGUAAUAUUGCGGAGCCUGGUGUAGGGGCAGGUGCUGGGGCUGGUGAUGGCAGAGGCAUGCACAGUGAUCAUUCGCAAGAUAGUUCCGGUCGUGGAACUUCUUUAAGUUCGAGCGAUACUUCAUCGGAUGUGCAUAGUGAGAUGACCGAUUAA